AUGGGGGGGGAACCGACAAGUGUAACCACGACCAAAGAGGAGGACCAGAUCUUUGUCGAUUCGUCAUGUGCCUCCACUGCGGAGCAGAACGACCCAAGAAAGCCGCACUGGUACGCCGACAGACUUCAUGAAUGGAGGGGUCUUCGACGUGUGGAGAAAGCAGAUCCCGCAUCCAAGCUCUGGCCUCUUCUCCCAUUGCUUCUUCUGUUUGUGCGCAGCACUGACAAGAAAGAAGCAGCGGGCAGAGAGCGACUGGGAAGUGAAACGAGCCGCGUGCACUGCUUCGACGCUACAAGGCGCACGCGAUGUGAACACCGUUACAUAUCUUUCUUCGUCGUCGGCUUUAGCGUCGCUAGAAGGAGACGCUUGAAGCGGUACGGGCGCAGCUUGUGUCUGCGUGCUGUCGUGCAUGACGUGCUGUUUCAGAUGGGUGCUGCGUGGAGUAAGGGGGCUUUUGAAGCUGCGGCGAUCCCCCGGAAUUUUGGCGAAAUCAGAAUGAAGGACAUUACCGGGCGCGAGCGAUCUCUAAGUGAAUGGGAUGGAAAGUGCGGUGGACGGCCUUCUACGUGGUAUUCUCAGGUCAAACUGAUCGUCAACGUGGCCUCCAAGUGCGGACUGACGAAGGCCAGUACAGCAGGUUUGAUCGAGCUGCGGGAACGAUACGGAACGGGAAGCGUUCGAGCACGCCAGCAGGAGGUGACCUCGUUGCAGCUGAAGAACAUCGGUUGGAAUUAUGGAAAAUUCUUGUUGGACAAGGAGAACGGCGUGUACAAAUAUUACGGCCCACGCGUCGAGGCCAUAAAACUGGCUGAGGACAUUGGAAAGCUGAUCAGUGGAGAGAAAGACGACCUGGACAGGCGUUUGCACUUGACAAGAAGGGCCGCGGUAAACGGAGCGCUGCCGUCUUGUCGCGCUGUCUACAGCUGGACCGCAGCUGUUGCACUGGUAGACCGCAUGGGACAGGCGUCCGACGUGAAGCGCGUCAGGGGGUAUUCGGACUAUUCCGCCAAUGACGAAGCACGCUUCAGACACACGCUGCAUGUGCUUUUUGGAGGACUCUUACGAAAGCCGGCAUUGUUUGGCAUCCGCCAGACAUUGGAGAUUGUCUUCCAGGCGGGCACUCGUGCCGUCGUGGGACCCGUGCUCCAGCCAGCUGCAGUCGUGUUGUUUACAGAGACGCUGCCGCAGUACCCGACCGAAGUUCCGCAGUUUGCACUGGUGGGCUGCCGAAAGCACGCGGGCAAGAAAUUUCCUUCCUCCGAUGCCCUCCGUCAAAAAGAUAUGAUGCGUAUCGGCAGGAUCCGCAGUAUGUCCACAACGAUCUCGCGAAACGCAGUUUUCAGUCGCCUUAGGAGCGUGACUGGCUCGUGGAUACAGUGUUGUAAAAGAAGAAGCUAA